UUCCGAACUUCAAGCAACAAGUGCAACGAACAACGAUGAUGAUGAGCGAGUGGUGGGCAGGAGUGGUGAGCGGUGCGCCGGAGGCGGCGUCAUUCAUAGCGCUGGUGGCCGUGUGGGCCCUGCACAGGGUGGUGCUGUGGGUGCUGUCACUAGACGUGAUGAUGUCGGCCAAGAGGAAGAGGGUGAAGAAGCUUCGCAAGGACAUUGAGGACUGGCAAACACAACUGAUAUCCAUCAGUGCCAUGGAUGAGCUGGCGCGAUACUGCAAGAUCGAGCGAAAGAUCUCUCAGGCUGAAAAGGAGAUUUCAACCAUCGAACCGGAACCUUCUGUGAUGAACUUGCCCAAGAUCCUUCGCAACAAGGCAGCUGAGCGUGCUGUCACCAUCGGGAGUCGAGCGCUGCUGUUCGCCGUCAUCACUUAUGCAUUCUCGGGUGAGCGGUUUCACAUCCCUGAUGUUCUCCCAAAUCCACUCUCCAUCGCUUUCGGUUCAGGCCCGUACUCGAGCGUGCUGUGGUUUCCGCUCUGCUUUGGGGCGCUGGAUGCGUUAACAAAAUAACCAGUUUCGUCCCUCACUCAUCGACCUUCGCUUCAUGUUGUUGCUCUUGUUGUUGGCGCUGACACUGUACACACUGCGCAUUGCCUUUCUGAAAUCAGUCCUGUUUCUUUUUGUGACAAACCACAAUUUACCUUUCGUUCUCAUGUGUGAAUGUACGGGUUUGUGCAUGAGCGUGUGCGUGUGCUUCCGGUGUUGUGUUUGCUGCCUGUCCUUAUGCAUUGUUCACUCGCGACGACAAAAGAGUAUGUACACUGUGG